GCCAUGUUUCGAUUACACUGUAUAAAUUUAAAUUUACCUACCAAUUAUUAGUAUGGAAUUACUUAAUAUCGCGAACCUUGGAAGCUCGAGAUCAGUUGCUAAGUUCAGCACCAGAUACCAAGCCACGUCCGCCAUGAAACCUUCAUGGAGGUUAUUAGCCAGUGCGACAGCUGGGAAUGGAUUGAAGCCACCGCCUAUGGCAUUGUUGCCGCCUAUUCCCCUUUACCGUCGCCUAUUCAGAGCUCACAGAAAACAUUUAUCGCAUGAAAUGCGCCUGCUUGGUGAUGAAUAUAUCAAGGCUGAGUUUCGCGCCCAUAGGAAUGUCGACAACCCAGCACAUCUAAUCGGAUUCCUCACGGAAUGGCAACUUUAUGCUCAAAAGAUAGAGGGCGACUCAUGGGUUGGUGAGAAGUUAGAUCCCGAGAAAGUUGCAAAGAUGAGCGACCAGCAAUUAGGACAGUUAUAUGAGCUCAUGAAUGCUAUACGGAAAAGGCGUGAAGAUGGUAAUGAGGAGUGAGCCCAAGGCAUUGUGAUCCCUUUUGGCCAUCGUUAGCUUAUUUGAAUGGGGCAAUAAAUCCUCCUGAUAAACCUUUUGAGUCAUUGUAGACAUCUAUGUACCUAGUCAUUGCCAUGGCGUAUGACGGUUUCGUGGGUACCUAUAUCCAUCUCAUGAAAUGUACCUCUAGGUAGGUAGGUACCAAAAGUGUUCAACUUCAGAGGUAGCUUCCUUAACGAAGACUGUAUCGUUUACACUGUGUGGGGGCUUUUAGAUAUAAAUGUGGGUCUAUCUCAGAUCUUAAGACAACUGAACUUUUCACUUUUCA